AUGAACUUUCAAGCAUUAAUUGAUGACUAUUUAAUCGGUCUUGGAAUGACUGCAGGUGCUAUAAUCGGUAUCACUGACGGAGCUGUAAGAGCAGUAGCUGGCCCAGGUUUCAACUUAAAAGCUGGUGAAGGUUUAAAAAUUAUUUCAUCAUAUAAAAGUGUUUCAGAUGUUCUUAUAUAUGGUAUUGUUCUCAAUGGUAUUAAAUAUAUGGGUAUCGGAAAUGAUGGAAGAAGUAUUUAUGGCAAAAGAGGCUCUGAAGGUUGUACAUGUGUAAAAACUGGUCAAUAUAUUGUUAUUGGUGUUUUUAAUGGAAGUUUGAACCCUGAUACUGGUUAUCAAACUGUUGAAAACUUAGCAGAUAGAAUUAUUAGUAGUGGAAAUUAA